AUGAGGACAAGGUUCCUGACGUUGAGGACAGGUCCUGACGCUGAGGACCAGGUUCCUGACGCUGAGGACAAGGUUCAUGACGUUGAGGACAAGGUUCCUGACGUUGAGGACAAGGUUCCUGACGCUGAGAACAAGGUUUCUGAUGUUCAGCACAUGUUCCUGACACUGAGGACAAGGUACCUGACGCGGAGGACAAGGUUCCAGACGCUGAGGACAAGGUUCCUGAUGCUGAGGACAAGGUUCCUGACGCAGAUGACAAGGUUCGUGACGUUGAAGACAAGGUUCUUGACGCUGAGGAUAAUGUUCCUGACGCUGAGAAACAAUUUCCUGACGCCGAGGAACAGGUUCCUGACGCUGAGGAACAGGUUCCUGACGUCGAGCACAAGGUUCCUGACGUCGAGGAAAAGGAUUCUGACGUUGAGGAGAAGGUUCCUGACGCUGAGCACAAGGUCCCGGACACUGAGGAAAAGGUACCUGACGAUGAGGACAAGGUUCCUGACGCUGAAGACAAGAUUCCUGACGUUGAGGAGAAGGUUCCUAACGUUGAGUACAAGGUACCUGACGCUGAGGACAAGGUCCUUGACGUUGGGGACAAGGUUCCUGACGUCGAGGACAAGGUUCUCGACGCUGAUGACAAGGUUCCUGACGCUGAAGACAAGGUUCCUGAUGCUGAGGACAAAGUUCCGGCUGGAGGACAAGGUUCUUGACGCUGAUGACAAGGUUCGUGACGCUGAGGACAAGGUUCCUGACGUUGAGAACAAAGUUCCUGACGCCGAGGAACAGGUUCCUGACGCUGAGGAACAGGUUCCUGACACUGAGGAACAGGUUCCUGACGUCGAGCACAAGGUUCCUGAGGACAAGGUUCCUGACGCUGAGGACAAGGUUCCUGACGCUGAGCACAAGGUCGCUGACACUGAGGAGAAGGUACCUGACGAUGAGGACAAGGUUCCUGACGCUGAGGACAAGGUUCCUGACGUUGAGGACAAGGUUUCUGACGCUCAGCACAAGUUCCUGACACUGAGGACAAGGUACCUGACGCUGAGGACAAGGUUCUGACGAUGAGGAGAAGGUUCCUGACGCUGAGGACAAGGUUCGUGACGUCGAGGUCAUGGUUCCUGACGUUGAGGACAAGGUUCCUCACGCUGAGGACAAGGUUUUUGAGGACAAGGUUCUUGACGCUCAGGACAAGAUUCCUGACGUUGAGGGCAAGGUUCCCGACGUCGAGGACAAGGUUCCUCGCGCUGAGGACAAGGUUACUGACGUUGAGGACAAGGUUCCUGACGCUGAGAACAAGGUUCUUCACGCUGAGGAAAAGGUACCUGACGCUGAGGGCAAGGUUCCUGAUGCUGAGGACAAGGUUAUUGACGCUGAUAAAAAGGUUCCUGACGUUGAGGACAAGGUACCUGACGCUGAGGACAAGGUUUUUGAUGCUGAGAAGAAGGUUCCUGAUCCUGAGGACAAGGCUCCUGACGCCGAUGACAAAGUUCGUGACGCUGAGGACAAGGUUCUUGACCCUGAGGACAAGGUUCCUGAUGCUGAGGAGAAGGUUCCUGACGCUGAGGACAAGGUUCCUAACGUUGAGUACAAGGUUUCUGACGCUCAGCACAAGUGCCUGACACUGAGGACAAGGUACCUGACGCUGAGGACAAGGUUCCUGAUGCUGAGGACAAGGAUCCUGACGUUGAGGACAAGGUUCCGGACACUGAGGACAAGGUUCCUGAAGCUGAGGACAAGGUUCCUGACGCUGAUGACAAGGUUCCUGACGCUGAGGACAAGGUUCCCGAUGCUGAGGACAAGGUUGACGUGAAAGGUUCCUGACGUUGAGGACAAGGUUCCUGACGCUUAGGACAAGGUUCCUUGACGCUGAGAAGAAGGUUCCUGACGCUGAGGACAAGGUUCCUGACGCCGAUGACAAGCUUCGUGACGCUGAGGACAAGGUUCUUGACCCUGAGGACAAGGUUCUUGAUGCUGAGGAGAAGGUUCCUGCCGCUGAGGAGAAGGUUCCUGACGUUGAGGACAAGGUUUCUGACGCUCAGCAAAAGUUCCUGACACUGAGGACAAGGUACCUGACGCUGAGACAAGGUUCUGACGUAGGACAAGUUCCGAGGACAAGGUUCUGACGCUAGGACAAGAUUCCUCACGUUGAGGACAAGGUUCCUGAUGUCGAGGACAAGGUUCCUGACGCUGAGGACAAGGUUACUGAAGUUGAGGACAAGGUUCCUGAUGCUGAGGACAAGGUACCUGACGCUGAGGACAAGGCUCCUGACGAUGAGGACAAGGUUCCUGACGUUGAGGUCAAGGUUCCUGACGUUGAGGACAAGGUUCCUGACGCUGAGGACAAGGUUUUUGACGCUGAGAAGAAGGUUCCUGACGCUGAGAACAGGGUUCCUGACGCCGAUGACAAGGCUCGGGACGCUGAGGACAAGGGUCUUGACCCUGAGGACGCAAGUUCCUGA